AACUCUGCACCCGAAUCUGACGAUUCUAACCCUUUGAGUUUCACCAAGUUUGAUAUUCCGCACGAUUUUGACGAUGAUGGCCUCGAAUUUGGCGCUUCUGAUUCGGAUUUCGAUUUGGAUUUGGAUUACCGACCUCUUCUUCUUCUCCUAUGCCGCUGCCAGAACCGCCAGCUGGAUUCCUCGUAGGCGACGACGGCAAGGUUCUCCUUACUUCAACAAAUCGACUUGCCACCAUUGUUGAUCCAUCCAACAAGCUUCCAUUGGAGUGUGUUAUAAGGAGAGUCUUCAGAAGUUCUGAUGGAGACGAGUGUUUGUUGCUCUGCCCAGUCGACACGCCAGUCCAGAUAUUAAAGAGCACGAAUGUUGAUGGAUGGUCAGCUAUCAGUGAUGAGGAAGUUGAAUCUAUUCUUCCAGCUGCAGCUUAUGCACUUGCCAAGAUACACAUGCAUCUUGUUCAUAGUGGGUACUGUUAUACAGCACGUGGUGGUUUUUGCUACUCAGAAGAAGACAUAUUUGACUUUCACACGGAUGAUGGUAAGGAAGUCGAUGGUUUGCCAACUGAAGGUGUGGAAAUUACGUAUUUCAAUUUGGAAGGUGCCCAGUACAUGAUUUAUACGCCAUCUGAUCCACUUCUUUUUGUUGCUGUCAAGGACGAGAAGGGGAUGCUACAAAUUGCCGAUGAUGACUUGCUUGAAGAUCCUGCCAUCAUAGAUGCGAUAGAUGAGGAGACUGAAUUUAAUGCCUUGGUGGAAGAAGAAGCUGCACUUCAUGAUUCAAUGAUGGAUGAGAGUUAACUUACGUACUUUUUUUGGCAAUCUUACUUGCUAGUUUUCCACUGUCUUGUGUAUAUGAUCAAAUUUUGUAAGUGUGCUAUAUUUUAUAGUUGACAAUUGGGUUGAUAUAGACUUCACGUCUGGAGGAUGUUCGAGAAUUCCCUCACUUGAACCCCAAAAUAAUGUUUCUUUUAGAUGACAAGCAAAAAUGCAUCCGGUAGGCAAAUCACUGUAUUAAGUCAUGGGGAGGAAAUAUUUACACAAAUCAGCCAAAUCAAAAACUGGUUCAUGAAUCAACUAGAAGAUAUUUUUAUA